UCCGCGCACACACAUACCGAUUGACAGCAUCGCGCCGUUUUAUCUGCCUCACCAGCUCCGGUUUCCCCCCGUUCAGCCUUUCCCCGUCAACUGCCGCCAUGUUUUUCUGAGGCAGGAUGACAGCAGAGAGUGAUCGCAGACGAAGACGGAUAUAAGACUGAAAAACCGUCGAAUUACAGCUUUUUGUUCCCUUCUACCAGGCGACUGUUUUAUUAUUGCGGAGUACGAGGAACUAUUUUCUCUGUAUAUUUGCAAAAACCCAAUGGCUUAAUUGUAGCGUGGUUUUGUUUUCGUAUGGCGUAGGCACAUUUUCCUAAUAUAUCCUUUUUAUUUCAGGAUGGGAGGGGGUCCUCCCACAUAAAUAUAAAAUCCAGAAAAUAUUCUUUACUCCGUUUUUGUAAGUUUAUACCAUGAAAAAGGAAAAACACAGAAGCAUAUCUGAAGAAGAACAUAUUCCUGCCUGCGCAUAACUAGCACUACCUCUACCAGCGAACCUACAGGAAUAACCAGACGAGUGAUCUCUGCGUGAUUAACUGCUUUACCACGAGUCACCUGCUGUCCAAACUUUGCUUCCUUAGCAAACUGAAGAUAGAAAAAAAGACUUUUAAUCUAAUCUAAAGUGAAGAUCCGACAGAGCACAUUUCAAAGAUGACGGGCAACAUCCCUGUCGACAUGAUCAACUUGAGGCUCAUCUUGGUGAGUGGAAAAACAAAAGAGUUCCUGUUCUCACCAAACGACUCCGCGGCCGACAUCGCCAAGCACGUGUACGACAACUGGCCAAUGGACUGGGAAGAGGAACAAGUGAGCAGUCCGAACAUCCUGCGCCUCAUCUACCAGGGCCGAUUCCUACAUGGCAAUGUGACGCUAGGAGCUUUAAAACUGCCUCUCGGAAAAACCACAGUGAUGCAUUUAGUUGCCAGAGAGACGCUGCCCGAGCCAAAUUCCCAAGGUCAAAGGAACCGGGAAAAGACCGGAGAGAGCAACUGUUGUGUGAUCCUGUAAAUACAUCCCUCCAUCCCUCAGAAUGAGUGUGUCCUCCUGUCACCCUUCGCCCAUGCUGCUUAAACACAACUACUCACACCUGACACCUGACACGAUACGAGAGCUUCACUUCACCUGGAAAGGAAAAAAAAAACAAACUAACAACACACCCGAGAGAGGACGAGACCAGGCUCGGGGAAUGCACAGUCCUUAUUGAAGCCAAAAGAUGUCAAGAGCAGCAGAUAAUAAAACACAUCCCUCCCCGCCACGUUUCUGGUCUUUCUACCUUCAUGUACACCCAGCAGACCCGUAACUCGUUUCAUCAUGCUCACUUUCACACACAGACGCUCACUCCUUCCCUUUCGACCGGUUUGCACACGGAAGAUGCCCUUGUUUCCCUUGUUUUUUAUCGCACAUGGUAAACAUGAAUGAUUCAGUGAGGAAAAAGAGACCUUGAUUCUUCCUUUCAGGAGGGAGACGUGUGAGCGACGGGGAAAUGAAUUUACUUUCCUCGUUAAACGAUGCACCACGUGCACACCAAGCUUGGCCCGGAUCCGGUGCGGAGGCCGAAGGCAUCUGAAAUAAUAGCACACGCCCUCCCGAUACAAUACUAAUCGCCACAUGUAGUCUAUUGAUUUUGACUAAGUAUUGAUGUGCCUGAUGAACGUUUUCGAAAUGUUUAUUGUAAUGUUUCCAUGUGUUUGUGGUCACGGAGAUCCAGCGUCCUGCUUUUAACACGUUCCGGCGCUCGAUUAGCCUCUCCAGGUGUGUUUUGAGUCAGGAAUUUGCAGGAAGGAAGAUCUCCAAAUGUUGGUUUGAGUCUAAAUAAUCCACAGUGACAUUUGCGGCUGUUUUGACAGUCAAACAGUGUUGCGUCGGCCCUCUUUAGAUAGAUCUGAGCUGCUCUCUUUCAGGAAGGGUAAGAUUUAUCCCUUUAUUUUCUAAGUGUGGUGGUGUAAAUUAAUGCUUGCGUUUGGAGCCCGAAGAUAACUAUGGAAUGAAGUUUGGCUUGGUUUCUAUUCCCCCAAUCCCUGUUAGAUAUAAAAUUUGUUUGCACAAUACAGAAACAUGAGCUGUUUCAUUUUUAAUCUGUGUAAUUUUUUUCUUUCUCCUCCUCCUUUUUAAUAUCUUUUCCAAAUGGGAAUUGUAUUCGAAGGUUACAUAUGUGUAGAGUAUAUUUAAUAUGAAUCUUAUAGAGAACAUAACUAUAGAUUGUUGAUAUAUAUUGGUGUUUAGUGUAUGAUAGUCUAAAAACAGUUAGCACAUUAGCAUUUGGAGCAGUGAGAUGCUGACAUGUACUUUAACAGCAGCAAACCCCUCUCUAAUGGCUGAAGAAAUUAUUGUACUGUUUUCUUUCUUUUUUUUUCUUCAAAUGUUCAUGAUUUGAUAUCUUUUUUCUUCCUUUGUCUUUUUCUGUUCAUGUGGUCUCUGCUUUUUGUGUUUUAACACCGCACUAGGUCUGAAAAAUAUUGGUCCUUAUCAGGGUUCAAAUCUGUACAGAGCUGAAGUUUUUAAAAAUAUAAUUGUAAAUAAAACUAAUGCUUCUCAUUCUCUAAACUACAAAUGGAAAUACAUCUAUAAACUGAAUAAAGAAUCCAGAAUAUG